AUGGCUGCCAAAGUAGUUCUCAUCACUGGUGCAAACACUGGAAUUGGCUACGAGACUGUAAAGGUCUUUCUUGAGUCUCAACAUCGCUACCACGUAUACCUUGGUGCCAGGUCCCCCUCCAAAGGCAAGGAGGUGAUCCAAAAGAUUCGAGCCGAGUGCUCCAAGGCGACCAACACGGUCGAAUUGCUCGAAAUCGAUGUCGAGAGCGAUGAUUCUAUACAGAAGGAUUUCGAGAUGGUGAAGAACGGCCAAGGCCGUGUUGACAUCCUCAUCAACAAUGCUGGCGCCGGUUUCGAUAUGCAAUUCGUGCAGAACCAGAUGUCUCUGCGAGAGUGCUACAACAAGGCAUACAACAUCAAUGUCACGGGUGCCAACGUUGUUACCUGGACGUUCAUGCCGCUCUUACUCAAAUCGGCUGAGCCCCGUCUGCUCUUCGUUGCCGGUCUGUCCCAGAUGACUGCGGCCGUGGACAACUAUUUCCCAACACCUCCCCAGCCGGCGGGGUGGCCAAAGAAGAUUGACUUUGAGACGAUCGGCUACCGCUGCAGCAAGACAGCCUUGAGCAUGCUGAUGUUGGACUGGCACCACAAACUCAAGGCCGACGGGGUCAAGGUCUUCAGCGUCAGCCCCGGCAUUUGCGCCACGGAUUUGGGCGGUAUGGGACCGGAAAUCAUACAGGCGCUUGGCGGGGUGCACCCAAGGGAGGGUGGAGAGAGACUCAUCGCCGUUGCUGAGGGGAAGAGAGACGCAGACGCCGGAAAGCUUAUUGACAAGGAGGGCUUGAUUCCAUGGUAA